UAUUAUCAACACAAGAAGAGAAAAAAAAAACAAACAUAAUUCGCCGAUCGAGGAGCAGCCAGGAUCCAACGACUGCAGUCGCGAGUCCGUAAAUGUAUAUAUAUAUCCAUUAAAAAAAGGAAAUUGUAAUCCUAAUCCAACGGUUGAGAUAAAAGCUCACACCGUAACGCUAGAUCCAUGGCAGAAACAGCGUAGCAAAAAUCUUUUUCUUUCUCUCAUUGUUGUUUUGUCUUGUUUCUACCAUUCAUUUUUUUUUCCUUGUUGUUGCGUAAUCCAACUAACCGAAAAAAACCAAACUCUUUCUUUUCUCCAUUUCUCUCUCUCUUGGAGGGAGUGCCGGAAUCUAAUCGGAGUUAUCACCGGAAUUACGGUUUUGCUUCCGUGCAAAGUUUUUACUUGCUCGUUUGGAAUUCACGACGUGUCCGUCAGAGGAAGCAGAAUUUGAAAUUGAAGCACCGAUUCACUUUUUUUUUGUUUUGGAAAUUAUAUAUAGAUAUAAUUCUCUCUGCUGGUUAUGAUGAUGAUUGGAUAGAAAGAAACAAAAAGGAAAGCCAAAGAUAUAAGAAGAACUCUUUCUCUCUCUGUUUCUGUCUCUCUGCUCCUUUUGCCACGUGAAGUUUAGAGAAGAAGAAGGUUUACGAGAUCCGUUUCAGUAAUUUUUAGCUGCUUCAAUUUGCUUUUGGACGAAUUACGAAGAGAAGAAGCACAAUUGAUCUGCUGGAACAAUGCCAUCUGAUAUAUUGGAACCGAGAGGUGUGCCUACACCUUCUCAUUUUCAUGAAGACAUUCGCAUCACUCCUGAGAAACAAUUUGGUUUCAUGAAAAACAAUCCAAUGCCUGAAGGUGGUGUGGAUAGAAGUUCAAAUCUACCGACUAGUUCUUGGACAUCUGACAGUUACCAGCUCUCUCAACAAUCAAGCUUGUCUGGGGCGCUUCCCUCCUUUAUCCCUAAUGGAAGAACAACUACAAAUGAUACUCACUGGGAGAGCAGUCUAUUCUCAAGCUCUCUGUCUGACCUAUUUAGUAGAAAAUUACGACUACCAAGAAGUGAUAAGUUAGCCUUUAUGUCUGCAAACCGCGAGGAAGAACCUUCAGAGUCCUUAGAAGAAAUGGAGGCGCAAACUAUUGGAAAUCUUCUUCCUGAUGAGGAUGAUCUUUUUGCAGAAGUGGUUGGUGAGGGUGUCCAUAAGUCUCGUGCCAAUGGUGGAGAUGAUUUGGAUGAUUGUGACCUAUUCAGCAGUGUUGGUGGCAUGGAACUAGAUGGAGAUGUUUUCUCCUCUGUCAGUCAAAGAGAUGGCAAGAGAGGCAGCAAUGUUUCGACUGUUGCUGAGCAUCCUCAAGGAGAAAUUUUAUCCAGAAUACUUUUUGUUAGGAAUGUGGAUAGCAGCAUUGAAGAUUGCGAGCUGGGGGUCCUUUUUAAGCAAUUUGGAGAUGUUCGGGCUCUUCAUACAGCUGGCAAGAAUCGUGGCUUUAUCAUGGUAUCAUACUAUGAUAUAAGAGCUGCUCAGAAAGCGGCAAGAGCACUCCACGGUAGGCUCUUAAGGGGAAGGAAGCUUGAUAUUCGCUAUUCUAUUCCAAAGGAAAAUCCUAAAGAGAACUCCAGCGAAGGAGCCUUGUGGGUAAAUAAUCUUGAUUCUUCUAUAUCCAAUGAAGAGCUUCACGGUAUAUUCAGUUCAUAUGGAGAAAUUAGAGAGGUUCGUAGAACGAUGCAUGAGAACUCACAAGUUUACAUAGAGUUCUUUGAUGUUCGAAAGGCAAAGGUUGCACUUCAAGGACUAAAUGGACUUGAGGUCGCUGGGAGGCAGCUUAAACUUGCACCAACCUGUCCAGAGGGUACAAGUUUCUGGCCACAGUUCGCUUCAGAUGAUGGUGAGGGGGGUCUACCUAAAAUGGCUUUUAAUAACCUAUCAUCAGCUCACAUGGGGAGACAUUUCCCAGGAAUAUUAGCUUCAACCUCCAUUGAUGGUGGAUCUAUUCGAGGUAUGCACAAUUCUGUUGGGUCACCUAUGAACUCCUUCAUUGAACGUCAUCAGAGUCUCGAUGUUCCUAUUGGUUUGCCACCAUCGGCAAGAGUCAUCUCAGCUAGCAAGCCUGUUGGUCUUCAGGAGUUUGGAAACCCAUUUGAUAAUUCGAAAACGGGGAUCCAAAGUAUGCCAAAUCUCCAUCCUCAUUUUCCUGAUUACCUUGACAACUUUGCAAGCGGUAGUCCAUAUAAAUCCUCUACGACAUUCUCUGAAAUGGUAAGCGAUGGCCAAAAAGCAAAUGAGGGCUUUAUGAUGAGCAAUGUUCGUGGAGUGGGAGUAGAUGGAUUUAAUGGAGGUGUCAUAGGAUCUCCCAUAAAUCAAGGAUCCCAUCGUGGUAACCUCAACUUAUGGAGUAACUCUAACAGUCAGCAACAUAAUCAGUCAAGUGGCAUGAUGUGGCCUAACUCACCAUCUCGCGUCAACGGCGUUCCCUCUCAGCGCAUCCCACCUGUUACUGCAUUCUCUAGAGCAUCUCCUUUAAUGGUGAACAUGGCAUCAUCGCCUGUGCACCACCACAUUGGAUCUGCCCCGGUAUUAAACUCACCUUUUUGGGAUAGAAGACAGGCAUAUGUAGCUGAAUCUCCAGAAUCUUCAGGAUUUCACUUAGGUUCUCCCGGUAGCAUGGGAUUUCCUGGCUCGUCUCCCUCACAUCCAAUGGAUUUUGGUUCUCAUAAGGUUUUUUCUCAUGUCGGUGGGAAUCGCAUGGAGGCCAAUUCAAAAAAUGCUGUAUUACGAUCAUCGCGACAGAUGCCUCACCUCUUUACUGGAAGGAGCCCAAUGCUUUCAGUGUCAGGCUCAUUUGACUUGCCUAAUGAACGAUACAGGAAUCUCUCUCACCGAAGAAGUGAAUCUAACUCUAGUAAUGCUGAAAAGAAACUGUAUGAGCUUGAUGUAGAUCGCAUAUUACGUGGGGAAGACAGUAGAACAACGUUGAUGAUAAAGAACAUUCCUAAUAAGUAUACUUCUAAGAUGCUCCUAGCUGCUAUUGAUGAGUACUGUAAAGGAACAUAUGAUUUUCUUUAUUUGCCAAUUGACUUCAAGAAUAAAUGCAAUGUCGGAUAUGCUUUCAUCAACCUUAUCGAACCUGAAAAUAUUGUUCCGUUUUAUAAGGCAUUCAACGGUAAGAAAUGGGAAAAGUUCAACAGCGAGAAGGUGGCAUCGCUUGCAUAUGGUCGGAUUCAGGGGAAAUCAGCUCUUAUUGCCCAUUUCCAGAACUCAAGUUUGAUGAACGAAGACAAACGUUGCAGGCCUAUUCUCUUCCACACUGCUGGUCCAAAUGCUGGUGAUCAGGAACCAUUUCCAAUGGGUUCAAACAUCCGGUCAAGACCAGGCAAGCAUCGAACAAAUAGCAUCGAGAACUACACCAACUUUAGCAGUAGCUCUGAUAACCGAGACGAACCUGCAAAUGGGAACGACUCCAUGUAACCGAUAAGCCAGACAGUUUUCAUGUCGUAAGCCAGACUAACCCUUUUAGGCGUCUUGUAUCAGAGGUAAAAGAAAAGAGACCCAAAAGAUUAACACAAGGUAAAAUAUAUAUAUAUCGUUGACAACCCCACAGCUCUGUAAAUCCUUGGGGGUGUGGUAAAUUACCUGAGAAAACUCAUUUUGCAGAGGAGAAAGUUUUUGAAGUCUUGGUCCCUUUAAACUCCUUCAGGUUACUUCACAAGUUUUGUUGUAUCACUAAACCUCCCAGAGAAAACCUUGCUUGAUUUUUUUUUCUUUUUGCUUUCUAAGUUUUUAUUUUUCUGUUUUACUUAAAAAAUUGUUGGGUUGUGUCUACAAGGAUCUUUUUCUUUGUACUUUGCAUACAAAUGUAACAACCUAGUACGAUGUGUUCAGUUUCUUCGCCCGUGGCUUGGGACCAUAUAAUAUCAUUUAUGUAAACCCUUUUGAGGGCGAAGUUUUUGGCA